GAAUGAUUCCAGCUGGUAUAUAAAAUGGCGUGCUGUUCUGGAGGUGGUUACAGCACAAAUCGCUUCAAAAUUACUGUGGAUAGCAACUUUCUUUGUCCAAUCUGUGCUGAAGUUUUAAAAGAACCUGUUCAAUGUCAAAAUCAACAUUAUUUCUGCAAAAGCUGCAUAAAGAAACACCUUGAAAAGAAUGCGAAAUCAUGCCCUAUAUGUGUGCAAGAUCUGAGCGAGGAAACAUUGGCUCAGCCUCCUAGGAUUCUUACAGAUUAUUUGAAUGGUCUUUUAAUUAGCUGUGAUCACUCGGAAAGAGGUUGUACUGAGGUGCUACCAGUUUCAAGACUACAAGCACAUGUUCCUGAGUGUAACUACCGUCCCAUUGUUUGUACAAAUGAGAAAUGUGGACAAACAUUCAACCAAGAAGAUCUGGCUGAACACGUGAUCAAUGCAUGUGAGUACAGACUGGUACGUUGCCCUGACUGUGAGGAUGAAAUGAUUUAUAAGAAGUUCAGUAAGCAUGCAUGUGUACUUAGUAAGGAUCUCAACAAAUUGGGACUAGAAUGGUCAGAAAUAAAAAAUGUUUUGGGACAAGUAUGCAAUUCCCAGAAGGAAAUGUGCAAUUCUCAGAAAGAAGAAUGUGAUUCACAGAGAGAAAUGUAUCGUUCCCAGAAAGAAAUGUGCAAUUCCCAGGAAGAAAUUUUGAAUGCGGUACGAGACUUGGUACAUGUUCAACGAAACAUAGCAAUCUCUUCAAACCCACAAGCACCCUCACCAAAUGUUAUCGCUAGUGUUAUGGUUAUUGGUGGCAAGAAUGCAGAGGGUAAUUUGAGCUCAGUUGAAGUUUUGUAUCCAGGUUCUCAGACAUGGAAAGUGUUGCAAUCCAUGCAAGAAUCCCGUGGUUCUGCGGCAUCAGUAUUGUAUGGAAAUGAUGUCAUUGUCAGUGGGGGACGGUUCAUUGGAGGUUGUAGUGAUACAAUAGAAAGAUUAUCAUUGGUUUGCAAGCCCUUAAAGUGGAUUCCUUACUUUGUGAAGUUGCCUUUUAACUGUUGUGGACAUAAAGUCAUUGUUAUUAACAAUUGUCUUUAUUUGGUUGGUGGAUGUGCUGGGAAGACACCUUUCAACAUCAUCUACAGCAUCUUACUUCAUCCCCCAUAUACCAUAGAAAUGAAAUGCGAAAUGCCACGGCCAAUUUGUUUUCAUGGUCUGCAAGCUUUUGAAGAGUUGUUGUUUAUAUUUGGGGGAUCAACAACAAACUUAUGUAGACAAGCAGUUGACAGUGUAUUGUCGUAUAAUACACUAUAUGGCGAGAUUUCUGUAAUGGAGCCUUUGCCGUUUGCAAUUUGUGAUGUAGCUACUGUAAGAUGGAAUGACAAUGUCAUCAUUAUUGGAGGCACUUCCACUAAUACUGUGUCUUUAAACACAGUGAUUCUCUACAGCGUGAAGGAGAAUAAGCAUAAGAUGUUGCCGUCAAUGAGGCAUGCAAGGUCGUCAUGUGCAGCGACAAUUGCUGGUAACAAAGUUAUUGUGAUGGGAGGUUAUGAUUGGUUUGAAAAGAAAUACCUUGAUUCUGUGGAAUGUUUUGACCUUGAUCGUCAACUGUGGGAAGAACUUCCACCCAUGAAUGAAGCCCGGAGUGAGGCCACUGCUGUGGUUUAUGCUGGACUAUUUUAGUGUGGAUUAUUAUAGCUUAAAAUAACAGGUGUGUACAGAACCAUUUCUUGAGUUCUGGCUUUGACAAACUGGAGUUGCAGCCCAGAAUUAAUGGAAAUAACAUUGUUAAUUUAAUAAUUAUUAUGGAUUACAGUCUGUUCUCGGCUUUAUACCAGACUGGACUCUGCAUUAGAAACAUUUCAUAUUCAAGAGAUGAUCAGCAAAAGGUUGGAGAUAUAUUAUAUUUCCACUAUAUAAUGGGUUUUGAUGGGGUUUUUUUUAAAUUUACAGUACCAUGUAUAUUAUCAAUGUAACUCUUACUAUUAUUGGUUGUUAUAGAUUUCCAUAUCAUAAACUGGUAAAAAAAAUAUUUCAAUGUUUACCACUAAUGGUAUUUUCCUGAUUUUCCUGUGCACAGGAAAAAAUAAAGUACUGUCAAUGGUAAAUAUUAAAUGUCAUGGUUUUUACUAAUUUACCACAUUGAAAAUUUACAAUAACCAAUAAUGGUAAGAGGUCAGUUUUUACAUUCAAAAACCCAUUAUUGGAAAGUUAAUUUCUUUCCCUGUGGCUAUCUCCUGGAUUAUUCCACUAAUUCCAGAUUAGGCUGUCAGUAGUACUGUUGAUGCAUUAAUUUUCCAUCACAUUGUUGUAUAUUUAGCAGUGUAGAGUGUACCAUAGGUUCUUGCUAGUGAUACGGGCUUCACAAUUGAGUUGAAGCUGGAUUUUGAAAUUGUCCAUGUUUCUUGUAUCCAAUAUUGCACUUUAGGUACAGGAAGCAAAAACGUAGGUGUAGCAUUACACAGAGUAAUACUUUAGGAUUAGAGUUUAGUAUACUGUAAGAAUAUUAUGUGAAAUAUAUAUAUAAUAUAUAUAUUGUCUUUUUGUUUAUCAC